UGCUGGGUCCGUGCUGGCGGCUGGAACCGAGAAGACUGCGUUUGCUGCGGUGUCUCUCGCGCCGGUGUGGUGCCGUGCGCCCGGAAACUAAGAAAAGAAGGGCUAGAGUGAUUCCAUUGGGUAUCAAUGCUGAGAACCAUUGAUUCAUGUCUUGCUAUUGGUCUAUGGACCACCAGCAGACUGGACCCAGGACCCUGAGAGCUUGUGGGAAAAUAGAGUCCAGGACCUACUCUGGACCUUUUGUUUUAGGCUUCUGCGUAUCAUUCAAUGUUGAUGUGAAAAAUUCAAUUACCUUCAGUGGUCCAGUGGAAGACAUGUUUGGAUAUACUGUUCAACAAUAUGAAAAUGAAGAAGGAAAAUGGGUGCUUGUUGGCUCUCCUUUAGUUGGUCAACCCAAGAACAGAACUGGAGAUGUCUAUAAGUGUCCAGUUGGGAGAAGCAAACAAUUACCUUGCGUAAAGUUGGAUCUGCCUGUUAAUACAUCAAUUCCCAAUGUCACGGAAGUAAAGGAGAACAUGACGUUUGGAUCAACUUUAGUCACCAACCCACAUGGAGGGUUUCUGGCAUGUGGGCCCUUGUAUGCCUAUAGAUGUGGACAUUUACAUUACACAACUGGAAUCUGUUCUGAUGUUAGCUCCACAUUUCAAGUCGUGAACUCCAUUGCUCCUGUACGAGAAUGCAGCACUCAACUGGACAUAGUCAUCGUGCUGGAUGGCUCCAACAGUAUUUAUCCCUGGGAGAGUGUUACAGCUUUUUUAAAUGACCUUCUUGAAAGAAUGGAUAUUGGUCCUAAACAGACACAGGUUGGAAUUGUACAGUAUGGAGAAAAUGUAACCCAUGAGUUCAACCUCAAUAAGUACUCAUCAACGGAAGAGGUACUUGUUGCAGCAAAUAAAAUAAUCCAGAGAGGUGGCCGCCAGACUAUGACAGCCCUUGGGAUAGACACAGCCAGGAAGGAGGCUUUCACUGAAGCCCGGGGUGCCCGAAGGGGAGUUAAAAAAGUUAUGGUAAUUGUGACUGAUGGGGAGUCCCAUGAUAACCAUCGACUGAAUAAGGUCAUCCAAGACUGUGAGGAUGAAAACAUUCAGCGAUUUUCCAUAGCUAUUCUUGGGAGCUAUAACAGAGGAAAUUUAAGCACUGAAAAGUUUGUGGAAGAAAUAAAAUCAAUUGCAAGUGAACCCACUGAAAAGCAUUUCUUCAAUGUCUCUGAUGAAUUAGCUCUAGUCACUAUUGUUGAAGCUCUCGGAGAAAGAAUAUUCGCCCUGGAAGCUACAGCUGACCAGUCAGCAGCUUCAUUUGAAAUGGAAAUGUCUCAGACUGGCUUCAGUGCUCAUUAUUCACAGGACUGGGUCAUGCUUGGAGCAGUAGGAGCCUAUGAUUGGAAUGGAACAGUCGUCAUGCAGAAGGCUAAUCGAAUCAUAAUCCCUCAAAACACAACCUUUAAUGUUGAGUCUACCAAAAAGAAUGAACCUCUUGCUUCUUAUUUAGGUUACACAGUGAACUCCGCCACGGUUUCGGGAGAUGUGCUCUACAUUGCCGGACAGCCACGGUACAAUCACACGGGCCAGGUUGUCAUCUACAGGAUGGAAGAUGGAGACAUCAGGAUUCUCCAGACACUCAGUGGAGAGCAGAUUGGUUCCUACUUUGGCAGUGUUUUAACCACACUUGACGUUGAUAAAGAUUCUAAUACUGACAUUCUUCUGGUUGGGGCUCCCAUGUACAUGGGAACAGAGAAAGAGGAACAAGGAAAAGUAUAUGUGUAUGCCCUGAAUCAGACAAGGUUUGAAUAUCAAAUGAGCCUGGAACCCAUUAAGCAGACUUGUUGUUCAUCUCUGAAGCACAAUUCAUGCACAAAAGAAAACAAAAAUGAGCCGUGUGGGGCUCGUUUUGGAACAGCUAUUGCUGCUGUGAGAGACCUCAAUCUUGAUGGAUUUGAUGACAUUGUGAUAGGAGCUCCCCUGGAAGAUGAUCAUGGGGGAGCCGUGUACAUUUAUCAUGGGAGUGGCAAGACUAUAAGGCAAGAGUAUGCACAACGUAUUGCAUCAGGUGGAGAUGGCAAGACACUGAAAUUUUUUGGCCAGUCUAUCCAUGGAGAAAUGGAUCUAAAUGGGGACGGUCUGACUGAUGUGACUAUUGGGGGCCUUGGUGGUGCUGCCCUCUUCUGGUCCCGAGAUGUGGCUGUAGUUAAAGUGACCAUGAAUUUUGAACCCAAUAAAGUGAAUAUCCAAAAGAAAAACUGCCAUGUGGAAGGAAAGGAAACAGUAUGCAUAAAUGCUACAGUGUGUUUUGAUGUGAAAUUAAAGUCCAAAGAAGACAGAAUUUACACAGCUGAUAUACAGUACCGUGUCACACUAGAUUCACUAAGACAGAUAUCACGAAGUUUUUUCUCUGGAACUCAAGAAAGAAAGAUUCAAAGAAACAUCACAGUUCAAGAAUCAGAAUGCACUAAGCUUUCCUUCUACAUGUUGGACAAGCAUGACUUUCGGGACUCUGUGAGGAUAACUUUGGAUUUUAAUCUUACUGAUCCAGAAAACGGGCCUGUUCUUGAUGAUUCCCUACCAAAUUCAGUACAUGAAUAUAUUCCCUUUGCCAAAGAUUGUGGAAACAAGGAAAAAUGUAUCUCGGACCUCGCCCUGCAAGUAUCCACCACAGCAAAGGGCCUGCUUAUUGUCAGGUCCCACAAUGACAAAUUCAAUGUUAGUCUCACAGUCAAAAACAAAAAGGACAGUGCCUAUAACACCAGAACCAUAGUGCAUUAUUCUCCAAACCUAAUUUUUUCAGGAAUUGAGGCUAUCCAAAAAGACAGUUGUGAAUCCAAUCAUAAUCUCACAUGUAAAAUUAGAUAUCCCUUCCUGAGAAGAGAAGAAGAGGUUACUUUCAAAAUAUUAUUUCAGUUUAACACAUCUUAUCUCAUGGAAAAUGUGACCAUUCAUUUAAGUGCAACCAGUGACAGUGAAGAGCCUCCUGAAGCCCUUUUUGAUAAUGAAGUUAAUAUUUCUAUCCCAGUAAAAUAUGAAGUUGGACUUCAGUUUUACAGCUCUGCGAGUGAAUACCAUAUUUCAAUUGCGGCCAAUGAGACAGUCCCUGAAGUUAUUAAUUCUACUGAGGACAUUGGAAAUGAAAUUAAUGUCUUCUACUUGAUUAGAAAAAGUGGACAUUUUCCGAUGCCAGAACUUAAGCUGUCAAUUUCAUUUCCCAACUUGACAUCAGACGGUUAUCCUGUGCUAUACCCAAGUGGAUGGUCAUCUUCUAAUAAUGCAAACUGCAGACCCAGUAGCCUUCAGGACCCGCUUGGUAUCAACUCUGGGAAGCAAAUGAUUAUAUCAAAAUCUGAAGAUCUCAAACGAGGCACAAUUCUGGACUGCAGCACAUGUAAAUUUGCUACAAUCACAUGUAAUUUGAUUCCUUCUGACAUGAGCCAAGUGAAUGUUUCACUUAUCUUAUGGAAACCAACUUUUAUAAAAGCACGUUUUUCGAGCUUAAAUCUUACUGUAAGGGCAGACCUUCAGAGUGAAAAUACAUUAAUGAUUUUAAGUACUGGCAAUCAAAAAAGAGAGUUUGCUAUCCAAAUAUCCAAAGAUGGACUACCAGGCAGGGUGCCAUUAUGGGUCAUCCUGUUGAGUGCCUUUGCUGGAUUGUUGCUGUUAAUGCUGCUCAUAUUAGCACUGUGGAAGAUUGGAUUCUUCAAAAGACCACUAAAGAAGAAAAUGGAAAAAUGACAUAUUUUACAGGAGAAAAAUAAUAAUAAUUAUUUGAUGAUCUAUCCUCAGGUUUGCCUCAAAUAUGUGACAAGAAAUGUAUAGAUACAAUUAAAGACAUAGUCACAUAACUUUAUGUAAUCCAUCAGGGAUUAAUCACUUGGAAAGUGAUAAGUCAAAGAAGAUCCAAAAACAAUACCAUAAAAAUAUAUUUUAUAAAAUGACGAAAAAUAUUUUAAAAUAAUUACUCAUGUGUAUUAUUUAAGUAAAAUUACAAAGUGUUUUGAAGAUGAAGAUUAACCUGUACAAAUAUGUUUACAUAUUAAAUCAGCAUUCAGAGUAUUUAAGGAAUGCAUAAAAAGAUUUUUAUGAUCAUUAAUAAGUUAAGCUUUUUUCCAUUGAUUCCUGAUGGAUAUUCACAUUCAGCAUGAUAGUCAACAUUUGUAAAUGACAAGAAAAGGUUAACUGAAAAAGAUAACUUCCCCCUAUUCAAAUGAGAAAUUUUUCCUGGGUAGAGUAUAUAUAAAAUAUGGACUGAAAAUAUAAUUAAAUCACAGAGAAUACGUUAGCAUCUUUGUGCUGGGUUCUGUACUUGGAAAAAAAUUUUUUUUCCAAAGUGUUUGGAAACUUUGAGCUGAAGAAAAACCAAGAGUGACUUGAUUAAAAGCAGUGCACUGAAUGGAUUAAUUUAAGCUUUCACAGAACAUGUUUCAUUUUGAUAUUGAGCCCUAAAACUCAAAACUUUAUGCUGAAAACAACACUUCACGGCAGUUUUGUGUGGCAUACCAGCGAUUUGUCAUGAAAAGCCAUGUUGUGUAUGGGAUAUGCUAAGAUGGCUUCUGAACGGAACAUGGCAGCUUAGGCAGAUGCCACGGAAAUGCUGAAGUCAUCUUUGCUGGGCAACUUUUGAACCUUAGGGGUUCCAGGAUGUACCAAAAGUAGGAGUUUUCUCAGCUCCUUGGUACAUGGUUCAUUUAAACCCUCAAGCUGUGAGAGUAUGUUUAUUUUUCAUUUUUUAAAAGGUAUUUAACUUUUGAAACACAUUUCUUACGUUUAUGAAAGGCAGUAUUCCAUUUCAAUAUUGCAUUUUACCAAGAAGACACUGCUUUAUAAGUGUGGCAUAUCAAUAUUUAAAUAGAACUCCAGAAAUGAAUUUUAAAGAACUUUAGCUUUGAAACCUCGCAACGACAGAAAGAGAUCACACCUCUAUAUGAGCUUCUUUGCUCCUGAAGUAAUUAUCACGGUGCCUUGGACUCUACUGUAGCAUAAGCUCCUGGGUUGCUCCGUUGCUUAGGAAAAUAACAAUGAAUGAAUGUAUCGUAGCCGCAUGUGUGAACUACUGCUGUAAAAUUAGCUGAUUCUUCUGCAACAACUCCAUCUCUCCACCUGGCUGACCAUCACAAGACCAGCAUCUGUCCAGAACCUUAUCCAGAAAGUUCUGGACUCUACUUUUCUCAAAAAACAUCAAAUCAAGAGAGAAAUUAAAUGCCAUAGAUUUAAUUUUUUAAUAUAAUUUCCAAGGAAUUAUCUGAGAACUCAGCGUCGGCCUGCCUCGUGGCGCUCCACAUCUACAUCUAAGAUCCUGACGAUCAAAACCUUGCACCUGGGGAGUGCCCAGGUCAUCAGUACCCUAAGAAAAGCUCAAUCUUUCCAGAGGUUUGAUAGCCUCCUGCUGGCCUGUCAUUGUUGAGAAAAGUCUACUUUGGGAAUUUCCUUCAUUCCCACUAUCUAUCUCGGGUUCAGAAAUCAUGCUUUCCACUUAUUAUUUCUUUGCCCAAUAAAACUCAGGUCUCUCUUGUUCAGAGUCACCAUGCUGCACAAUUCCUGUGCAUAGCCUAUUCAGCAGCUCUGCUCCAAUCUCAACACAUUCUCUGAAAUAAAUCUAGCAGGUAAACUUAAAUUCACACGUGGCCUCCAUGACUGCUAGGCAAAGCAUUCACCAAACCAGGAGUGUGUACAUCUUAACUAAAUAUGGUGUUGACUGAGAGGGAAAAGAUGGAAACAAUGUCAUUUUGAAUUUUUUAGAAAAGACAGGGAGAACUGCUGGGCCAGAUCAAAUAGGUACUUAUAAUCAUGGCACAGUUUUUAACAUCAAUCAUUCCCAGUUUUUAAAUAGAAUUUAAUGGACCAGAUAUCCAUCAUCUCUAAUACUAUAACUUGUUGAGCUUUAUGUGUGUGAGCAUCUGUGUGUGUAAACACACAUGUACACACACCCACAUGAAUGUGCAAACAUAAAUCAAAUACAAAAUAUGUCAAUAAUACCAAAUGACAGGGUUUGACAAAAAGGACAAAAAAUAAACACAAAAGCUACACCACCAAGGAAAGUUUCAUUCAUCCACUUUGCAUAUAGUUUUCAUUUUUAUUAAUAUUUAACUUUAAUGUACAGUUCUGCAACUGUGUACAAGAUGCAAAUGUGGAGGUUCUGAUUAGAAUAAGUCAGCAGUACACAUGUUCUAAAACAUAAUGAUCAAAAAAUAUACUAACCUCUACCAUUGUAUUCUAAAGCACUUAAUAAGAAAAGUGAGUGCUUUUUAAAACUAUGAGUUUAUUCCAGAAACUUUUUUUAACUUUGGUAUUUUAUAAAAUUGACUAUUUCUUCCAUUGUGAACUUACAUAUGUAUGAAGUCCCUUUCCAGACUAAACUUAGAAAGGUAUAUUGGUAAAUUAUUCAAUAACUGGCUCUCCAGGAGGAAAACAAAUUCCCUGAUUUGUGUCAUUUGCCAAUUUCCAUGACCUAAAUAGUCUUGUCAUGGCCAUUUUCAAGCUACUGAUAUAACCCUACCAUCUUAACAAAACUCCUGAAAAUUAAUCUGUCAGGUCCCGUGAACCAGUAUGAACUGGCUUCAGCACACCAUUGAAAUAGAUUAGAUGACAAUAAUAGGCAAUAGAUAGAUGAUAGAUAAAUAGAUAUAGAUAUACAGAGAUAUAACAUGUUGAAUAUAUAUAUAGAUAGAUAUACAAAUACACACAAUAUCAUCAUAUUUCAAAUUAUCCUUAAAAUGCUCAUCUCGGGGCACCUCGGGUGGCGCAGUCGGUUAAGCGUCUGACUUCAGCCAGGUCACGAUCUCGCGGUCCGUGAGUUCGAUCCCCGCGUCAGGCUCUGGGCUGAUGGCUCAGACCCUGGAGCCUGUUUCCGAUUCUGUGUCUCCCUCUCUCUCUGCCCCUCCCCCAUUCAUGCUCUGUCUCUCUCUGUCCCAAAAAUAAACAAACAUUGAAAAAAAAAAUUUUAAAAAAAAAAUGCUCAUCUCAAGCCCAGCAGACAUAAUGCUACAUAGUUUCCCAUUCUUUAACUUCAACUUCUAAAAUUAUAGCCUUCCUUUAAUAUUAUUAAAAUUAUAUAAACUUUCAGAAGAAGCAAGAAUUGAAACCAAGAAAAUCUGAAGGGCGACACAGUGAAAAUCGGAACUUCAAAACCACUAAGAAGCUGCUUCACCUUCUCUAGGAGUCCAUUGCCCUGGAGCAAUAGUGUGAAAGUUCAUUCUUUGCAAAUAUUUGUAAUUUCUAUGAUCCAAUUUGAAAUUCAGUGGUCCAAUUUAUUCACUUAUUUUCUCUGAGCUGUAAAGUCAGGGGCAGUUUAAUUUGAAUAUUUCCAUUUCAUAAAUACACUUGAAAUGAGUCUUGUGGGGGAGAAUUUUUUGCAAAAUUUGAUGCUUACUCAACCAUAAUAAAUGUACCUAUAUAUGCAAAUACCUAUAAAUAUAUAUGUAUAUAUAUAUAUACACACACACAUAUAUGUAUAUAUAUGUAUAUAUAUUCUCUUUUCCUUUUACAAAACCAGUAUGUAGACUCAAUUGGAAAACAAAUCUGCGCCAAAAGCAAAAGGUGGCUGCACAGUGCUGGAGUAGAGCUGGGUUGUAGCGGCUGUGAGAAGCCAUGCACACAUCUCUCUAGGCAUUCUCUGGAAGGGCCACGGCUUGUACAGUGUGAAUGGCUGCCCCGCCAUUCCGUACAGUGUGCCUUCGUAGGGGGUAAUGUCUUUAUCAAACAUGUUGUAAUCUGUUCUGUGUGAAUUAACUAUCGUGCUUUGCACAACACUGAGAAAACUAGGGAAGACCCAGGCUCAGAACAUGGUUCAUGUGCUAGGUGCAAUCACGUUAUUGUCCAAAGAGAGACUUCUGGAAAGUUAUUUUUAAAAAAUAAUAUCCUCUGCAUCCUUCAUUUAUUUUUCGGCAGUUCUCAAGUCCUCCUCAUUAGUUACACGCCCCAGCCCCCACCAAGGGAGAUUUUCUAGAGGACUAUUGGAGAAAAAUCUGUUCAAAACAUGUGCUCUCUGUUUGCUGUGAAUACCAGCUUCAGUGAACUGAUCAUUUAUAUAGAAUUUCAGUCCUCAGUUCUUCUGUGACACAAUCAAGGGAUGACAUGGUAUAGGUAUAAUGUAAUAGGGACAAAAUGCCUUGUACUUCAGAGAUGGGACAUCUUUAACAGAUUUACAAACCUUUAUGGGACACCAUCAGCAACUAUGCCAAGGGUUGAAGGAAGGGCUUCUAGGAUGUAGCUAUCAGCACCCCACAAUCCCCAUCCUCACCCAUGGACAUAAUAAUCCAAAAAAUUAAAAAGAAGACUCUAAAAUCGUCAGACUGAUGCUAUUUUUAGCUUAAUUUGUUAACAGCAGAUUUUUUAAUGCAAACAUAUCUUUAAGGUAAGUCCACUGGGCAACCCCUUUUAAUGUUAAACUGCUGUCGCUAAACCUCUCCAAUGUAGAACUUCUGAAACCAUCCCAAGAAGUUAACUCUGUAGUACAUUACAAAAGGCUAUAUUCUGCUGUCUCCCAAAUGGAAGCACUAUUGUGCAACAUCUUAUGUAAAAUAAAAAUAGCUGGGACGCCUGGGUGGCGCAGUCGGUUAAGUGUCCGACUUCAGCCAGGUCACCAUCUCGCGGUCUGUGAGUUCGAGCCCCGCGUCAGGCUCUGGGCUGAUGGCUCGGAGCCUGGAGCCUGUUUCCGAUUCUGUGUCUACCUCUCUCUCUGCCCCUCCCCCGUUCAUGCUCUGUCUCUCUCUGUCCCAAAAAUAAAAAUAAAAAUAAAAAUAGAGCUAAAACUGACCUUGUAAUCUGGUGAACAAGUCAGUAUCUUUGAUCCUCAUAUUAAAAUUUAACCUUGAAUUUAGAAAUUCCAAGUAACAGCCUGUAACCAUUAAGCUUGAGGAAAUCUAAAGGACCCUAUGUUGGCCCUUAAGCCCCAGCCCCCUUGUCCCCGACGACAUCUGGCACCAAAGAGGUCCAUUUCUCAACUGAUAGGAAUGGAUGCUUCUGCCUCUAAAAAAGGCUAAAAGGACUGAGUUUAACCCCUGAAUCCACUACACCCCAGGAUCAGCCUGGCCCCCACCUCAUAUCAGAUACACCCAGAAGCACUUCUUGCUGAAAAUUUACCAUACUGAAAAAUACACAAGGGUGAGUUAUCACUUCAAAUGUACUCUGCUUUGAGGUCAGCUUUUCUUUUCUUUUUUUUCUUUCUUCCUUCCUUUCUUUCUUUUUUUUUUUUUUUUGCCUUUUUAAAUA